AUGGGCUCUGACACGGUGGCGGCGUCAGUCUUGCUGGCCAGCAAGGUGGAGGACUUCAAAAUCCACAUCAAGGACGUCCUCAUCGCCACAAACAAAGUCACCAACUAUACCAUCAUCGGGCGCUUGGAUCCCUCGGAGGCGUACAAAAGGUUCAAGAAUCGAGUGGUAAAAGUCGAGAACAAGAUCAUGAGUGCGCUGGGGUUCGACUUCUUGAUCGAGCACGCCUACCCACACGCCAACGACCUGAUCCUGCAUUUUCAAAGGAUGGGUGAGGGACGGGCUACCGCCUCUAGUAUGAUGUGUGUCGAGAUUUCGGGGAGAGGGAAACGGGCUCGGGAACACGCUCUAUUACUUAGCGUCUUGGGUGGGUGUGGUCAAGACCAAAUUCGAACGAAGUUCACAGCUGUCCUCCAGCGCGUCGAUGUUUUGGUGGUCCCUCCCAACCCCAAGAGCUUUCCGCCCCAUCUCCGCCUGCUAUUUCAAUUUUUGACGUACAUGGUGGGGGUCGUACUGUCUGAGUUUCUGACACACGCGCUCCCACCUGCGGUACUUGAUUCCUCCCACAGUUUGAAGUGGACGAUGUGCCUCGAGUACCCCCCGACCUUCCGCGCAAGGCUAGCGACGUACCUGUCCCUGCUUGUCAACCACGUUCGGCCGCCACAGUCGGGCGAGUGGGCGGAGGUUUUGCAGUUCGAGGACCCCGGCCAACUCGAGCGUGUUUUCCUUGUUGGGUGA